UCUCGGUGAGACAUGGGAGCUCUUGAUUCUCUCUCGGAUUAUAUCUCCGACUACUUCUACGUCUCCAAAAGAAGGAGGAAACGUAAAGUCAUGCAGACGGUGAAUAUCAAGGUGAAAAUGGACUGUGAUGGCUGCGAACGCAGAGUCAAGAACGCAGUUUCCUCCAUGAAAGGGGUGAAAUCAGUGGAGAUGAACAGAAAGAUAAACAAAGUGACGGUGAGUGGGUACGUGGAACCGAAGAAGGUGUUGAAGAGAGUGGAGGGGACAGGGAAAAAGGCUGAGAUAUGGCCUUACGUUCCAUACAACGUGGUCGCAUAUCCAUACGCAGUCGGAACUUACGACAAAAAAGCUCCGGCUGGUUUUGUUAGGAAGUCUGAGCAGUCGCAGUUGCAGCCGCUGCCGGGAGCUCCGGACGACAACUUCAUAUCACUUUUUAGCGACGAGAAUCCCAACGCUUGCACCGUUAUGUAAUAAAUGACAAAAUAAUAUGCUAAUAGUAGUAUCCACCGCACGUAACGUUGUUUCAAUCACUUUGGCUCUUUUUUUCUUUUCUUUUUUUUGGUAUGUGUAUGUACGUAAAGAGAGAACCAAAAUAAUAGUCACUUGAGUACAACUUUCAAAAUAA